CUUAGUUACUCACGUUCGGAGUGCACACCUUCAAAAGUAGCUGAUGAAGUUCUCGUUUUUCAAUUCAUCACGCCGGUGUAACAGUGUUAUAAAGUGUAGGCCUAUGUAUGCUUCGAUAUAAAGCAGUUGACACACAAUGUAUAAACGAUCAAUAGUUUGAUGGUUUAUCUAGUUAGCCCAAGCGUCGGCGGUAGAGAAUGAACCACAGCAGAAACGUUGAUACGGCGGUAUGGAGUAAAGAUGCUUUGAUGUCUACCAACGUGAGCGUUACAAAUGACAGCAAGCGAAAGAAAAAGACGAGAAAGCACAAAACAAAAGAUAAAAAGAAGAGUAGAUCAACGAGAAGAGGACCGAGCUCGCCUUCAAACUCCGAUGAUGCAGCAGCAGAUAAACUCAACACUGAGCAGCAGCAGGUCGUCAAAGGCUCCUCCACAUGGUCCAAACCCACCCUGAAGGGCUCCAACGGCAAAAAGACCAAAGCCAGGAGUCUGAUCAGCCUCCGCACCAAUAAAUCCCAGCGAGAGGCAAUGAAACACGAGGAAAAAACGUUGACAGGCCCAGACGCUGGUACCCUCCAAGCCCCACUGUCAGGGGACCAGGCCAACCCAGCCAGGGAGAGCCUGAGGUGGGACGGAGUUCUGGAGGAUCCGGUGGCCGAGGAAAAGAGGAUAGAGGUGUACAAGGCCAACCGGAGGAAACGCUACCUGGCCUCACAGCAGGGGGUGAUGGACUACUUGGGCCUGUUCAAGGGACACUUGGAGAGCAGUGGUGUCAUUACACACCACAUCUAGGUGGGGCUGUUUUCACACUAAUAAAUCUGUAGUUUUA